AUGCUAAAAUCUAAAAGAACAUUAACUACUUUUUCUAUGGCAAUCUUAAUUUUCCAUUAUCUCAAUUCUCCCAACAAAUCUCAUUUUCUGCAAAAUAUUCCCAUCCAAAAUCAUACCGGAAAAACCACAAAUCUCCUUCAAUUUUCCCAUGUUUGUGCCCACUCAUCAUUUCCCAGAUUUGAAGCUUCAAGCCUGAAUUUUAGCUGUCUAGAUUCACGGCCUUGUCCCCUUUUUUGUCUGCUCUUGCAACCCUAAAACAAUGAAAGCAACAUUUGGUGGCUUUGUCGCAGAGGAAAAAGAGAACAGAAUGAGAGAAAACAGAAGAAGCCAAACUAUGAGGUAAACAUCUGCGGAAAGAACAGAGCGAAAGGGUGUUUCCUCCUGUGCCCACAAUUUCAUGAAUCCUAUUAUCUGUUGCUCUCCGCUGUUGCUAUUUCUUUUUUUAUUUGGGUUGGUGUCGUUAAUUUUUGACGAUUUUGAUCGAAACUGAGGCAUGCCCAUGGAUGGAUGGUCGGUUCCGAGAAAUGGGUCUGUCUUGGAUUGUGGUGAAACGGGUGGGAGUUGUGAGACUGAUGGGAUUUGUGUUGACAUUGGUAAUAAUAAUUCUCUGAAUGGCACUGAUAAACUUCAGGUUUUAUUCGAUCAAGUUUUGUUGAUUUUCAUGAAGGAGGUUCUUGGGAAUGAGUGUGUUAGGCCUAUUCCGGCAAUGCUUGGCGAUGGGCGGUCUGUGGACUUGUUCAAACUUUUCUGGGUUGUGAGGGGGAAGGGGGGUUAUGAGUGGGUUUCUGAUAAAGGGUUGUGGGGUUUGGUGGCAGAGGAAUGUGGGUUGGAUGUUGGUGUUAAGACAUGCCUAAAAUUGAUUUACUUCAAGUAUUUGGAUCAGUUGGAUCAGUGGUUACUUGGGAUUUUACGGGAUGGGAGUUUGGAUAAGGGGGAGGGUGAAUGUGGUGGGAAGUUGGAUUCGGUGUUGGAGGAGUUGGGGACAGAAUUUAGAGGAUUGAUAUUGGGUGGGACGGGCCCAAAAGAGAAAGAUGAUGGAGUUUUCGAAUUAGAAUCUGAGAGAACUGACAACUGCGUUGAUUUGGACAAGGAGAAAAGUAUUUUGAAUCUGUCAAUAGUGCUUCGCAGGGCAGAAAAAAGUCCUAAUGAUGAUGAUGAGAAAAAUUGUGUUGAUGGUGGUGAUGAUGUUGCGAUCCAGGAUCCCAUUAUUGCCAAGAAAAGUUCUUUUUCUCGUAAGAGAAAAAGAGAAUCUUUUUCAGGAAUGCUGAAUUGGGUGAGAGAAAUUGCAAAACAUCCUGAAGAGCCUUAUAAGGGGAAUAAGAAUGGAAAUGAGGUUUUCUCAACCCAGAUUUUAAGGGUACGGGAGUCGCUUUUGAUAAGGAGGAAGGUCCACACAAAAGAAGAACAAUCUCUCCUGCAGAAGCAGAAGAUGCACCCCUCCAUGUAUGAGGAUAAUAUUGUUGUCAAUCACCAGUCUACAGAGAAGUCAAGGUGCAGUAGAAGGCUUUUUUCAGUGAAAUCUCACUUAUGUUCAUGUUCAGCUGCUCAAAGUAAAUUGCCAGGUCCUCACAGGACAAAGUCAGAGAGUUGCCCCAAAGAGCAAGCAUUGACCCCUAAUGAGCAAGAGCCUGAGAACACAAAUACUUUAGAUGACCUGUUUCCAGAUGAUCUCUUCCUAAAGCCCAUUCCUGUGGGCCCCAACUUUCAAGCUGAAGUACCUGAAUGGACUGGUGAGGUUACUGAGAGUGACUCCAAAUGGCUGGGCACACAGGUAUGGCCUUUGGAAAAUGGGGAAUGCAGUUUCCGUAUUGAAAAGGACUGUGUUGGGAGAGGAAAACCAGAUUCUUGUGACUGUCGGUUUUCAGGUUCUGUUGAAUGUGUCAGAUUUCAUAUUGCUGAGAAGAGGAUGAAAUUGAAGCUUGACCUGGGCUCAUUGUUCUAUCAUUGGAGAUUUGAUCGUAUGGGUGAAGAAAUUUCACUGGCAUGGACAACUGAAGAAGAAAAGAGGUUCAAGCAUAUGAUAAGGUUGAAUUCCUCAUUGCAGAGUCCAUCCUUUUGGGAUAAUGCAUUGAGAAUCUUUCCUACCAAGACAAGGGAGGCCUUGGUAAGCUAUUACUUCAACGUGUUCCUUAUCAGGCGCAGAAUUUAUCAGAACCGAGUGACUCCAAGAAAGAUUGACAGUGAUGAUGAUGAAUUAGAGUUUGGAUCUUUGGGUGGCAGUUUCGGGCAUGAAGUGAUUAAGGUUCCAUGGUCUGAAUUCCUGACAUGCACCCAGAAUGAGCAGUCUACUGAGUUGGAUUAAUGGAAGAAUGUGCAAUAGGAAUUGUUAUCUCUUCUCAGGGGUUUGAGUUACUGCUAGUUUUGCAUACUUGUCCUUUGCCAAAUUUUUUAUUCAUGAUUCAUUUUCUGCUUUUCCGGUACAAACUCAUUUUCUGACCCUGAAAUUUCAACGAGUUAAGAUAAUCACAGUUAAGAGUGAUGCAAAUCUGAGGAAAAGUUGCAUCCGUGUUGCUGGACGCUGGACCUAUUGGGGUUCUUGAUGACCUCAAGGGUUGAGCACAGGGAAUGUGCUAAAAAAUUUUGUAUUGUUGUUAGUUUUAUACCUUUGGCUGUAGGAGUUUUGGUUAAGAAAGUUAAACUACAGAUUUGGAUGGCUUUGUUGUAAAUAUUGUCAUCAAAUACCGGAUAACAUUACCUAGGGAAUGUCCUUUUACUGGAUGAGGAGAGAGAGAAAUAGACAGACAGACAGGUUGCUUUUUAGAGUUCAAUGGAAGCUUCUUUUUCAUUUAAGAUGUGCAUAUUGAAGUUUCUAUGGUGAAUUUCUUUCUGAAUGGUUCAGAUUUUGUUGUUUGUCCGUUAUCUUUUAUCAUCAUUUUUGGUAUACCACAUCCGUUGUUACCUUUUUUAACCAAAGGGUUUGAAAUUUAUUAUUCUCUAUACUUCGUUUGUCAGGUUUUUGUUUCACAACUGCAAAGGUAAGUCACUGUAGACAAGGAAGUGUACUCUCAAGUCUUUCACAAUGUGAGUUCCCCAUUGCACUUUCCCCAUAAAAGAACUAAUAUCAAUGGAUUCUGAAUUUGCAUCAGUUGUAAAACAAUGUAUCUUUCACUUGGAAUUCAUUCCAUUUAUUUCCUUUAUUUGUACCCAAUUUAAGUUUUUUUUUUUCUUACUUUUGUGCUUCCAAAUGAAGCAAUGCAGAGAAACAUGCACUAGGCCUCGUUGGUGGACAACUAAGCAUUUGAAAUAUAGUAUUUGUGAGAGAACUAUAUACAUGAUAAAGGAUGACUAAUGCUUAGGGCUGUUGUAACACGCCCUAAGGAAAAGAUAUCAUAACAUUUUUAUCUUGGACUGGGAUAACACUGUUCUUGCUCCACUUCUGCUGUGUACUCUUCUAUGAAUUUUCUUCGGACUUGCAACAUGGAGAUGCUCAAAGAUCUAUGUAGUCUUUUUUUUUUUCAUGUGUUAUGUAUAUACUGGUUUUCUUUGCAUUUACAGCAUGAUAAGCUAAAAGUGUAGAGAGGUAAGCAUGUGGUCCAGGUAAGAUAUGCUGAUGAUGACAAGUAUCAUACACUAAUUCAUCAAUAACUAAAACUGUAUCAACAUAUGAGUAAGUGACGUCAAAUAGGCCUAUCAAAGAAAAAGGGACAUCAAGAUAUGUCAAAGAGUGAGAAGACCUCAGAGCUCUUAGUCUUGACUGUUGGGUUAUGCCUAGAAAAGUGGUGAAUCGAUUCAGAGUAGCUAAGUUAGAUUGGGUCCCUCCUAGGAGCAUAUGCAAUACAAUGACCAUUUCUUUUAGAGGUUUGGGGUACACGUAGAGAGAAAACUCUUUGGCCAAUUGAAGGCCUCACAUUGAUUUGGAUAGAAUGGAGGGAAAGAAAUGCAAGGAUUUUUUAGGAUAAGUGGAGAAAUUCAGAGAUGAUAUGAGAGCCAGUCUACUUUUAUUCCUCUUUUUGGGCCUCAACAACUUCAGCUUUCAAGGACACUCCUCUCAAUGUUAUUUAGCUCUAUUGGAAUUUAGUGCGUAAUAAGGGGUUAAAAGAAGCAACAGAACCACAUUUCCUCUGUAUAGUUUUGGGUGGUAUAUAGGAGAUAUUGUAUUUAUCUGUUCUUUUGAUCAUAGUUUGUAUAUGAAGGAAGGAUUUCUCAUCCUUCACAUGCACUUCAAAAUCCUAAUCAAUGAAAUUUGUUUUCUGAUAAAAUAAAAAAAAGUCAGAGAGUGAUGAAAAGUGUGGGCAUCAUUGAGACAUAUACGAACUAUGUAGAAUCUUGAUGGCUGCAGGAACAUUGCUGUAAUUUUUUAAUGGGAUUACUUGACUUUUGCUAUUCAUUAUCAGCUGAAGAAGUUAUCAGACUUUAGUGACUCCAAAAAAUAUUGCUUCUGAUGAUGAUGGAUCUGAAUUUGGAUCCUAAUGUGGCAGUUUUAGGAAUGGAGCAGUCAAAGUUUCAGGGUCUAAACUCCUGAAAUGUGCCUGGAAUAAGCACUCUACUGAGUUGGAUUAGUGCAAGAUGUAGUACAGGAAUUGGUUUUUCUGCUGAGGAGUUUAAAUUAGUGCCAGUUUUGCAUUACUUAUCCAUUUAUGAAGUUUUUAUUACGAUUCUUUUUCUCCUUAUCUACCAGCAGAUCCUCAUUUAAUGCCCUGAAAAUUUGGAUGGCUUAAGAUAAUAACAGUCAGGAGUGGUGCAAUCUAAAGAGAAGUUGCACCCAUGUUGGUGGAAGCAGGACCUGAUUGGGUUCUUGAUGACCUCGGAGGUUGAGUUUUUGGAAUGUGUUGACAAAUUUUUAUCCUUGUCCUCUCAACUUAUUCUGUUAGAUUGCUGUUUCUCCAGUCAGUAUAUAAAGGUAAUUGAGUAUAGAAAGUCUCAAGUGUUUAGCAAUUUGAAGAACCUAAUGCACUUGCUUCAUUACAGAACUGUAAAGGUAGCAUCUGAACUUGUUUCAAUGGUGAAGAAAAUUGAUCCUUCUUUGCUUAAAAUUCAUUUGCAUUCAUUUCCACUAUAUGUGCCCAAUUUAAGCUCAAGUUAGUGGUGGACAAUUAAGCAUUUGCAUUAUAAUCUGUUGGGCAUGAUUUUGCGCAUAAGCUUUUUGGAUUAAAGUAGUGCCAUUACUAAUUUAUUAUUUCACUUUUUUUAUAUAGGUAAUUUAUUUCUUCACUUUUGAUGUAUGUACUCUUACACUAAUCUGUGUAUGGAUAUAUUUUCUUAUUUUUUCUGAUUUAAUAUAUUUCUAUGAUCCCCUGAUUGCUCUCAUUAAUGUUCAUCUAUAUCUUUCUCAGCCAUACCCAAACUCAACCAAUCUCUGCCACACACAAAAACAAAAAGAAGAAAAAAUCAUCUCUCUUGCGUUACUAAUUUACGUCUGUUAAUUAUUCUUACAUGAUUUUCAAGUUUGUUCCCUAGUCUUCUGCAGUAAGGAUGGAAGCUUAUUUAUAGAUUGCUUAUGGUUGAUUCAGCUUUUGAACAAGAAGCUGAGUUAUUCCAGUUUAUUUGAUUGUGACAGGUUUUUACAUGGAGGUUUCUGAAGAGUGGAGCUACCGGAUGCUUAUACUUGUAAACCUCCAGCUUUGCCAAGAAGAUCUACCACCCAGAUGUUGAUCAUGCGAGUUACUAUAUGUUUAAAACCAGGUACAUUGGCUUGUAGGGUUGCAUCAUUUGUACGUUACAUCCAUUCAAUUUGGGCUGUAUCACUUUACUACAUACCCAUUUAUGUUGAGUCAUAUCUUUUGAAAGGCAUCUUUUCAACUUAUAUUGAAAAUAUUUUCAACCAUUCUGAGUGAACAGUUAUUCUGAGGUGCACUAUUCAACACUUUACUAUCCUAUUAUUUAUUAGAACAAAGAAGAAGGAGGGAGGAAGAGCUUUAUUUGGGGCUUUUGGGUGAUUUAAUUUACAAAUCUAUCCUUACUUAUUCAGUCAUGUGCAUAGCACAUGACAUUUCCAUCCAUUGAAACUAACAAUGUCUAACAAGAAAGGUAGAGUGCUGGUAUUUAAGAAGCUUAGAGUGCAAUGUGUUCGAUUUUAAACCUAAGGAGGCAAUGUGCAAAACACGUGAUGGGUUGAAGGGGUAAGGUGUAUUAAAUUCAUUUUUUAAAUAUUUAUAAUGUCUUUCAAGCCUAUGUCAAAACUCAACAUUCUACUAUUAUCAAGUACUUUAGAUGUGAUUUGGGUGGGGAGUAUACUUUCAAUGCAUUCCGUGAAUUAUUUGCUUUACAUAGAACUAUUCACCACAUGUUUUGUACUAACACUCCAGAGCAAAAUGGCAUUGUUGAAAGGAAACAAAGGCAUAUUGUUGAAACUGCUCAUUCUCUUUUAUUAUCUGCAUGUGUUCCUACUGAAUUUAGGGGGCAACAGUUCUUAUUACAGUUCACUUAAUUAAUAAAAUCCCCUCAUCCCGUUUUCUCUCUUUUUUUUUUUUUUUUUUUUUUUUUUUUGUGUGUGUGUGUUUAUCUAUCAAAAAAAAAAAAUCCCCUCAUCCCAUACCUUUGAUCUGUCACAGUUUGAAAUGUUAUAUGACCACGCUCCUAAUUACUCUACCUUAAAAAGUCUUUAGUUGUACUUGUUUUGUUCUUCGUCCUCAUGCGGAGCGUAGUAAGUUAUCUUCUCGUUUUGUCAUUUGUGUUUUUCUAGGAUAUGAUGUUCUUCGUCCUCAUGCGGAGCGUAGUAAGUUAUCUUCUCAUUUUGUCAUUUGUGUUUUUCUAGGAUACGAUGUUCUUCGUCCUCAUGCAGAGCGUAGUAAGUUAUCUUCUCAUUUUGUCAUUUGUGUUUUUCUAGGAUAUGAUGAAGAUCAAAAAAGAUAUCAUUGCUUUGAUCCGGUUAGCUAUGAAUUUUAUGUUUCUUCUCAUGUUUUCUUCCUUGAGCAUAUAUCUUUCUUUUUUAUUUUUGUUGAGUCUCAUAAUGUCUUUAAGUUUGAAUUUAUUCACAUUAAUCCUUUCUUGAAUGAUAUAGAUAGUUUUUUUUUAUAGAUUCUAGUACUUUGGUUCUUGAUUGUCAUGUUCAUUCCUCUCCUUGAAUGACUAUUUCAACACCUUUUGAGACUAUGGAUCCUUCUUUCCCACAUUCUUUUUAGUGUUUUUGUAAGUUUACUCGAUUACUAGAUUUUGUUUACUACUCUUAUUAUAAUUCUCUUACAUCAUUUUUUAACUUCUAUUUACAAUUCUGAGCCUCUAUCAUAUAAAGAAGUUGUUCUUGAUCUUCUUUGGCAGCAAGCUAUGACUGCUGCCACAUGGAAAGAGUGUCAUUGGUUCUUGUUGGGUCUAUAAAAUCAAAACUAAGUUUGAUAGUUUGAUUGAGCAGUACAAAGCCCAAUUGCUUGCUAAGGAGUUUUCUCAAUAGUAUGGUAUAGAUUAUGAGAAGGCUUUUACUCAUGUUAUAAAGAUGACUACCAUUCAUAUUCUUAUUGCAAUUGAUUCUAUUCAUCAGUGACAUAUAUCUCAGUUAGAUAUUAAAAAUACCCUCUUGAAUGGUGAUCUUCAAGAAGAAGUCUACAUGGUCUCCCCUCUUGGUGUUUCUUAUAACCCUAGAGAAGUUUGUAGGCUCAAUAAAACUUUACACGAUCUCAAACAAGCACCUUGUGCUUGGUUUGCAAAGUUCUUUGAUGCACUUACUUCUUUUGGCUUUCACCCCAGUCAUCAUGAUCUUGUACUCUUUCUACAGUGCACCACUACUGGUCAUAUUCUCCUUAUUCUAUUUGUUGAUGACAUGAUUAUUAUAGGUAAAAAUGUUGAUGGGAUUAUAGUGUUGAAGUCAGACUUGGCUUCCCAUUUUGAAAUGAAGGAUUUAGGCUCUCUAUGAUGUUUUUUGGGUAUUAAGAUAACCUCUUGUUCUAAAGGUUAUCUUCUCUCACAAUCUAAGUACACAGUUGAUAUUCUUGAUCGUGCUUACCUUAUUGAUACUAAGACUAUUAAUACUCCUCUUAACAUUAAUGUUUGGUUAUCUUUUUUUUAUGGUAACCCCUUGCCAAACCUUACUUUAUAUCAUACUAUUAUUGGUAGCUUAGUUUAUCUCACCAUUACGCGUUUGAACAUUGCUUAUGUUGUUUAUAUUAAUUAGUUUAUUGUUUAUGUUACUGCAGUUCAUUGUGUUGUUGUUCUUCAUAUUCUGUGGUAUCUCCGGGAAACUAUAUUUCAAAGUCUUUUAUUUCCAUUGUAAAUCCUCUAUUUUGUCCACUUAGCACAUUCCAUCCAGGACUACCUUCUUAUAUCCUUUGUUGCCCUAUCGUGCACUUAUGGUCAUUUUCUGAACUGUUUUUGAGCUCUUUUCGGUGUUCCACCAUGACUCUUCCGGUUACUACCUUUGGAUUUUCUUUGGAGAUACUUUGGGGGGACUUUCUAGAGAUCCUUAGUGUGAUGAUCAGUGACCUCUAGUUUCUUUUUUCUUUUUUUAGCUUAGGGCUUUGUUUGGCUUGACUCUGAUUGAUUUCUAGUGCAUUUAGGUUUAAGUUUGUUUUUCCAUUGCAUGGUUUUAGGAUUAGGUGAGUUUUGAUAUUUUGAUCUUGAUUUGCAUGAGAUUGACUUUUUCCAUGUUUAACUGCAUGUGACUAACAUUUUGAUUUUAGUUUCAUGAAUUUGAACUUUAAUUUUUGGUUGACAUAAGAUUAUUUUAUUUAUUUGUUUAUUUAUUUUAUAGUUAUUUUUAAUUUUGUAUUGCUGGUGCACUAAACUUUAGUUUUGUCUUUUCCCUUGGUUGUUUUUUUUUUUUUUUUUUUGCAUGUGAUCACUUUUUAAUGGAUGUAUGGAUUCUUUAUAAGGUCAUGAGUAGAAUAUGUGAACUUGGAGAUUAUUAAAAGGUCUUAGAUGAGCAUGGUGGAUUAAAAAUGUUUUCAACAUGUGAAGUCAUCACAUUAGAGAAGAGGAAUUUCUGCAUGAAUUUGUCCAGGAGAAGAUGAGUGGCAGAAGUGUGAGGGAAUGGAAAUUUCUAGAAGAUAGGAAGCAUGGAAAUCAUGUGAAAAUGAGAGAAGAGGUAAGAGGGGUGUGCAUUUUGAAGGGGGUGAUGUGGCAGUUACAAGAUUCUGCAGACUAAUAAGUUAGAGAUGGGGAGAUCACGUGGAGGAGAUUGGAAGGAAAAAAGGCUUCAGUUUCUAUCUUGGGAGAAUAGACCUUUUUGGGGGGACAUUUUGGUGGGAAAAGAAAUAAACAAAGAGAGGAGUUUUGUUUUUUGGAAGGAGAGCACUAUCUUGAUUUUUAGGUGGAAGAACACACCACCAACCUGCAGAAAAAAUAAUAAUAAUAAAAAUAAAAAAAUAAAAAAAUAAAUCACCAUGAUCAAUUUUGAGAGACUACAUCAGAUCAUGUUGCAGUGGAACGGGAGGCAAGUUGUGAGUAGCACGAAGGAGGAGAAAAGAUUACCAAUCUUUGGAGGAACAGAAGAAGCAUGACAGGGGAAUGUUUUAGGAUUCUUAAGGAUUUCAUUUUCGGUUAGGGAGAGGAUAACAACCGAGCACUUUUCUUCUAGAGUUAGGGAAGAUAAAGAGGAUUUUGGAGUCUUCUUUCUAUUCACGAUCAUCAUAGACUAACUCGGAAGGCUUAGGGAUCCUCUCAUGGAGAUCAGUGUUCGUGAUCUUCAUCUCCAGGUCAACACUACAUCACAGCCAUUGACAACCUGCAAUACAUGCCAAUAGUCUCUCUCUUCAUCAUCACAUCACACGCAUAUAGUUCCGGUAUCUUUGUCAGUUACGUUAUCAUCACGUCUCUAUGACUACAAUUAGAGCACUGGUUUCAUCACUUUGAAGAUAUCGUAGCUGCAUGGUGGAGUUUCACACCAGCAACUUGAAGAUAACAUCAGAUUCGAAGAAGUUUUAAAGGUAAGUUGCUGAAAAUUUUCUUUCGUUCUUGAUUCUACUAUUAUCUUCUUCAUCUUCUUUAUCUCCUUUACCCUUUUCUUUUAAUUUUGGAAUAUCCUAGAUUAGGUUUGGGUGUGGACGAACUAGGCCACACACGAGUAUUGUUAGAUUUGACAUUUAGGAAAUUGUUUGAUUGAAUGUUGAUUGUUUGAUAAAUUAUGAUUGAGAUUGAGUUCAUUUUUCUUCAAACGUCUUUAUUUGAAUAAGCCAUUGGAUAAUUGCAUGACAAUUGCCUUUGAAUAAAUCCAUUAAUUUGGAUUAUGCCUCCUUGAUUUUUUGUUUUCGGUUAAUGUAAGUUUUCAGCUUACCUAUCACAGUUCACAUACAUUUGACACCAAUAAAUGAUUAUUUGUCUAGGCUUGAUUAGGCACACACUUAGGACACUUUUGUAUCAUAAUUUAGGACCCAAAUUAAAACACAAUUAGGUUUAAAUGCAGCUGCACCUUAGGUUAAUAUUUAGGACACUUGAGAGUUUCUCCUUGGCACACUAGAGAAUUCAUAUAUACACACUUACACUUUUUCUUGAUAUUUUGUGUUUGAGAUUCUCUGUGUUUUAAUAUUUUUUAAAAUUGUUUUUUUAUAGCCAAAUUAAUUUUCUAACUUCAUUUUAAAUUUAAUCUUAGAUCAAUUUGGUCAAGAAAGGUCAAUUUUCCAAAAUUCAUGCAACCAAUUUUAUUCGAUAUGCAUAUUUAAAAAAAGUUUUAAAAUAAAUUUGGGUUUUGAAUAUACAUGAAUUAAAUUUUAUAGCUCCAAUCAAUGGAUUUUUUAUGGAUAAAUUCGUGGAAAUUAAAAUAGGAUUUAAUAGAUCCCUACAUACAAAGUUUUUCCAAAACAGUUUUUCAAUGAAAUUGUGGAUAGUUCAUUGUACUUCUGCAUUUGUAAAUUGGAAUCUAACAACUUAGAAACCCUUUAAAAUUUUUCUAAUUAUUCUAUGACAUUCUAGACUCCUUGAACUUGAUUUUAGAAUCUUACUUGAGUCAAAUAUGGUUUUCCAAUUAGAAGAUAUUUAUCAAUAUUUCAAAAGGUUCAAUUUUCGCUAUGUUUUUUAUACUGAGUCUUGUUUUGCAAAAUUAAAUUACUAAACGAUCUCUAUAAUUUUUUUGAACAUUUUUCUCUUAAUUUAGACUUUUUAAUUUUUUUCAUAAAAUAUUAAGAAAUGAUUUUUGAAAUGAGAGAUAUAAUUUUUUCUUUUUGCACCCACAACACAAGUGCUCUUCUGGAGCUAAAAGAUGUUUAUUUAUUUUUUAAUAUGUUAUGAAUGUGAUAUUGCCUUGUGAUUAUUUUUCAUAUAAAAUAGGCAUAUUAGGCUAGUUGUGUGAAUUUUUGUAUGAUUUUAGGAUAUUUGUAAGUUAAUAAAAAAAAAUCAAUUAUUGAAUACCUUAAAAAGAUUCCCUGUUCUGGACCUAUUAUCAUCAUUAUGAAAUUUGGUACUAAAUGAGAGCUAGUUAAUUAAUUUGGUCACUUGUAUGAAAAACUAGACAUAUAGAAAAUGUUCUCUGCAAAAUUCUCAUGAUAAAACUUAACUUCUAGAUAUUUGUUUUAGAUUUAUUUUGUAGAGUCUUCUAUUUUGAUCAUUUGCUAAUUUAUCCGUGAAGUAACCAACUUGUGAAUAAAUUUGAUAUUAAUGGGAAUAUAAUUAAUUAAUUUGGUCUAUUGGAUAUUAAUAUGGACAUGUUACAGAUAUUACCUAAUUUUUAUUUUGAUAAGAUAACAUUUCUUGAUAUUUAUUGGGAGUUUAUUUUAUGAACCAAUAUUCUACCUUGUUAAUGAUAAUUCCUUUACUUUUGAUAAUUUGGUCACUUUUGAACGUGCUUGUGAACCUUCCUUGAUUUGAGACAUGCUAAGUAUAUAUAUAUAUAUAUAUAUAUAUAUAUAUAUUGGUUUAGUUUUUUAUUAUUCUUUAAUCUCAUUAUUAUUAUUUGUGAAUUAGCCUCAUUUUUAUAAAGCGCUUUUAAAUGCUAUCAAGGUACGCUUCCUCCCCUUACCACUUUGUAUACAUUAGUAUCUAUGCUUAAUUCAUAUGAUUGGUUGGCUUUGCUUUAUUUGAUCUUUGUGUUGAUAUGUCAUUGCUUAUUGAUCUUGAGUGGAAUGCAUAUUGUAUAUGUUAUGAUAUUAUUGUUUGUGAACUAAUUCUUUUGUUUUAUGGAAAUGUUUAACAAGCUAUGAAGGUAUGUUCUCCACUUUCUUUGAUUAUUGCUCAUUGAGUGGGCAUGUUUUGAUAUAUGCUUUUACCCAUGGCAUCCACUAAUUUACCAAUUAAUUAUCAUAAUUACUUCAACUUUCUUAGUAGAGACCAUUUUUAAGGCUUAGAGGGGUGUUACCGUUAUGAUACCUUCCCGAUAGGUAACCUCACCCCUAAACUUAGACUUGGGUUUUCAAAGACAUGUUUUUCCAAAACAAGGAGUCAUUUUUUUACGAUUUUAUUUUUUAUUUUGUUUUCCCUUAAAAAAAUAAAAUAAAAUAAAAUAAGUGGCAAAUCCAAUAUUUAUAAAAUUAGUUUUUUACAAAUAUAAAAAAGCGAGUCUCACCAUUGAGUGGAAAAGCAUGUGAAAAAUGAGGGUCCACAUCUGUCCACUUCCUUUUUAGAGCUACAUCCACAUCGAGUGGGAACGCAUGCUAAUUGGGCCAAUGAUCAUAAAGAUUGCAAGUCCACCACUGGAUUUUAUAUAUUUUGGAGAGGUUCUCUUAUUUCUUGGAAGAGCAAGAAACAAACUAUCAUUUCUCAAUCUUCCAUGGAAGCUGAAUAUCAUGCUAAGUGACAUCUACCACCGGUGAAAUAGUUUGGUUACAUUGAUUACUUGCUCAUAUGAGUGUUUCUUUUUCUUAUCUAUGUAUUGUGGCAUUAAGAGUGUUAUUCAAAUUGCUUACAACUUCGUUUUUUUAUGAAAUGACAAAAUGUAUUGAAAUUGAUUGUUACCUCAUUCGUUGUCAACUUCAGCAUAACAAUCUCACUUUGCUUUUUGAUUUUUUUUUUUUACAGAUUGCGGAUUUGAUUACCAAGUCACACCUGCUUUCGUGUUUUCAGUUUUUGGGUGACGAACUCCCAAUACUUCUUGCAGCUACAUCAUGAGUUUGUGAGGGGAUAUUAGAAUUAUUUAUUUAGUUACUAUUAUUAUUUUUCUUUUUAGGACUAAGGAUAAGUUAGUCUUUUUCAUUUUUUUAUUUCCUUUCAUUACAUCUAUUUAAAUUCUAUUUUGUGGUGUACCUAUUCUUAAGAGGGUUCAUAAGAAAUCAUAGAUUUUCUUCUCUUUC